AGAAAAUAAUACUUUUGAAUUUCAAACCUGGUCAUGCCAUUUAAUUCUUGUAUUUAUUUAGUCUGUUUAGUGCUUCCGUACAUUUUUGCUUUCUAUGAUUUUCUUACGUCACAUGAGGCGUAACGUCACCGUUUUACGAGGGGACCGUAAACGCAGCACGGGGAUCAACCUGGAGGAGAGUAAAAAAAAAGAAACUCCCGUCAACCGAAGACAAGUUCCCGCUGUGAUGGGACUUCCCGGUUCCACCGCCUUCACCGAUCGAGUCCACGCCGGGAAACUACUUUGAACCGGGAAUCGGUCGACUGUCCGCUCGCUCAUCCGGUUGAGACCAAGUUCUGCUUUCGGUCGGAUGGAAAGUGAGUGAGACAGUUUGGUGAGACAGACAGGUCGGUUUAACGGCUCGUCCUCCGGUGGUUCAAUGUCCACCGGGAACGGCACCGAGGAGCUGGACUUCAGGCUGAUGUUUGAGGAGGACGCGCCAGGACUGGAUCUCAACGCCAGGACCCCGCCCUCCUCCGCUCUGGUGGAGCAGCUCGUCAGCCACGAGCCACAAUGUUUCUUCUACCAGCCCGCCGACUGCCAGUUUCAGGGGCCCCAGUACGGCGCCCAGGGGAACCCCAGAACCUUUGACUGCCCGAGCAUUCAGAUCACCUCCAUCGCGCCCCACGGCCAUGUGGAGCCCGGCACCGGCCCGGGAGCUUUGGCGGGGGACGGGGCAGAAGGGGGUUACCCCGAGGCCUCCUGGUCCAGGGGCCAGCUCUACCUUCCACUUGACCCCUGCUACCGGGACCCGGCGCUGUGCCGGAGUCCCUGCAGCAGCCUCUCCUCCAGGAGCUGGAUGUCCGACCUCUCCUCCUGCGAGUCCUUCUCGCACGCCUGCGACGACGUGGAGGUGGAGCUUCGAGACGCCGCUCGCCUCGCCCUGGGGUCGCCCCUGGGGUCGCCGGGCUGCGGGGGCGGGGCCUUCGGGGUGGAGCUGUGGCAGCAGAAGUACCAGCAUCCCUCUGCUUUCAGUCCGGUGCUGUCGCCCCACCAGUCGCCCUGCCACUCCCCCCGCGCCAGCGUCACCGAGGAGAGCUGGCUGGGCCGCCGGCCCGCCUCCCGGCCGUCGUCCAGGCCCACUUCGCCCUGCGGGAAGAGACGCCACUCUGGCGCCGACCGCCACGCCCGCUCCCCCUCCCCCUCCCCCCACCACUCCCCCGGCCCGACGCCGGGCGCCUCCCCCCCGGGAAGCGUGACGGACGACACCUGGGCGGGGAGUCCCGGCGGCGCACUGGGGUCCCUCCUGAUGUCCGGCUACCAGGAGCUGGACGUCCCGUCCAAGACCAGGAGGACGUUGGGGGCCCAGCUGGGCCUGCAGGCGGGUCAGGGAGACGCGGGCCUGGAGCCGGUCCUGGACUCCCCCGGCGUGGAGGUGCAGGAACGUGGCGGCCUGGCUGAUCUCUUCCUUCAGGUUCCCUCCCACUUCAGCUGGAACAAACCCAAACCCGGGAACCCUCCUCUGUUCAGGACCUCGUCCCCCCCCCCCCUGGACUGGCCGCUGCCCGACCAGUACGAGCAGUGUGAGCUGAAGGUGGAGGUCCAGCCCAGGUCCUUCCACCGGGCGCACUACGAGACGGAGGGCAGCAGGGGGUCCAUCAAGGCGGCUACUUCAGGACAUCCUGUCGUCAAACUGAUCGGAGGCGGCGAGCAGCCGCUCAGCCUGCUGCUGUUCAUCGGCACGGCGGAGGAGCGCGUCCUGCGGCCUCACUCCUUCUACCGGGCGCACCGCGUGACGGGGAAGACGGUCACCAGCGCCUGCCACGAGCGCCUCAUGGAGGGCACCAAGGUCCUGGAGAUCCCUCUGCUCCCGGAGAACAACAUGGCCGCCAGCAUCGACUGCGCCGGCAUCCUGAAGCUGCGCAACGCCGACAUCGAGCUGAAGAAGGGCGAGAUGGACGUGGGCCGGAAGAACACCAGGGUCCGUGUGGUGUUCAGGGUCGGCGUCCCGCGGCCCGACGGCCGGGCGCUGUGGCUGCAGGCCGCGUCCUCCCCGGUGGAGUGCUCCCAGCGCUCGGGCCAGGAGCUUCCUGCCGUGGACAGCUUCAGUCCCCACAGCUGCUCGGCGGACGGAGGGGCGGAGCUUCUCAUCAGAGGCUCCAACGUCUCGCCGCAGUCCAGGGUGGUGUUCCUGGAGAAGGGACCCGAUGGACGCUCGCUGUGGGAGGCGGAGGGUCGGGUGGUGCUGGAGAAGAGCGCUGCAUCCAGCAUCGUGGUCGAGGUUCCUCCGUACAACAAGGACACCGCCGACCCGGUCCAGGUCCAGUUCUACGUCUCCAACGGGAAUAGAAGAAGAAGUCUGACGCAGAGCUUGACCUUCCUGCCCGGGGUCAGACGCUGCCCCCCCCCCCCUGGCGGAGUCAAACAGGAGCGCUGGGACCCGGACCACAGCCCCAACGUGGUUUACUACGACCCCUGUGACCUCCGAGUGCAUUGUGGGCCUCCUUCUCAGAGCCUGCCUCGUCAGCAUCACGCACACCCUCCCUCAGUGUUUCCUCACUCCUCCUCCCUGCCUCCUCAGACCUCCUCAGUACCCCUACAGAUCUUCUCUGCCCCCCCUCAUAUCUUCAGCCCCCCCCCUCCGACCUCCUCCGGUGAGCCUCAGAGGGGAAACCCCCGGAAGGAGCCUCGGGUCCCCGGCUUGGGGGGGGGGCCCGGCGUGAAGCAGGAGCCGGACCAGCCUCCCGCUGUGGGCUCCUCGGGCCUCCAGGAGAUCACACUGGACGACGUGAGCGAGAUCAUCGGCAGAGACAUCGGCGUCCAGCUGGACCAUGUGGACCGGUACCAGCAGCACGACUGGGACCGCCAGUCGUCCACAUGAGCCUGUGGAGGCUCUUCCUGGUUCGCCCAACCUCAAGUGCCUGAACAGCCAAUCAGAAGCCUCCGAUGACUCAUCACCUCCAACCUGCAAACCAAAGACGCUUCAUAUUUUCAGCGUUAAAAUAAAAAACCACCCAAGGGCUGAAAGUCUGUUUCUACGUAAACAGAAACAAACGAUGACAUCACUGCGUAAAUUAUUAUUAGCUGAUGAAUCUAUUUUUGAUACUUUGGAUCCGGUCCGAUCACAACCUUUUCUGCCCCCCCCCUCGGGUUUAUGAAAAUAGAGUGAGAGAGAAACAGCACAUUGAAAUAAUAAC